CUUCUUCUUCUACCUGUCAUUUCCCACCAUUAUUUUAACACAUCAAUCUACCCCCAUAUUCUAUUCCUUUGCCUUGGAUCAACUCAGAAUCGUCCUAAAAUAAUUGUCCUCAACGGUCUGAUUUCACAUGCAGCCAUUUAUAAUUUUUGAAAUUAGCUCAUCAUCUUACUGCUGUCUCUUCUGACACACCUCCAUUUUGCUUCCACAGUUCCACUUACUAUUUCCCAAGAUUCCUCAGCUUAAAUAUGAUAGACCGCUAUUAUUGUGAUCAAGGUUCACAAUGGGAAAUUGCUCUUCUCUCAAAGGAACCUCUAGGGAGUGUCCCAACUCUAUUAGGGUCCUCACAGAUUCUGGGGGUAUCCUACAGUUUAAUGGUCCUAAGUUAGCUUCUGAGAUCCUCGAGGCUUUUCCAGGCUAUGGUAUAUUUCAGCAGAGCAAUGCCUCGGUGCCAUUGUCUGAAGAGGAGGUCCUUACCAGUGGCCAGUUCUACCUUCUUCCACUGAGGCCGAAAGAGGAAUUGCCUGCUGAUGAUGGGGUCUCUAAACAAGUUCAAGACGGGGGUGUUGAGGAAGAUGUGGAGGGUGUGGAAGAAGCUGAGCCGGUGAAGAAGUCAUUCAGGGGUGCUUCAGACGAUGUGGAGAAUUCGGGGAAUGGAUCAGGAGGAGGUCUCGAAGUGUUGCCGUGCGGGGGUGAUGGGGUUUGGAGAGUGAAGCUUGUGAUUGACACUAAGCAGUUGGAGGAGAUUUUGUCUGAAGGCGACACUCUGGCUCUGAUAGAGAUGAUGAGGAUGGCUGCAACUGCGAGUUCAACACCAAAGCUGCAGAGCAAGAGCCUUUGGAGUUCCAGAGGAGGGGGUUGGAAUUGGAAGCCUAUCUUCUCCAACAUGUUUAGGACCCCUUUGCCCAUAACCGCUGACAGUGGGAUGUGAAGGCAACGUAGCUAGAUUACUAUUACUUGCUGGGUUGUGUGUGGUUCUAUGAAACUUCCUGUUUCUCUGUACCAUUAGAUCUAAGAGAGUGAAUCAAUCUGUAGAAGAUCAAUGAUCCCCUCAAUUGAGUUCUUUGUCGUGAUAGAUUAUAUAUAAAGGUGAAUUAUGUUCGGAUU